CUACAAAAACACAUCGACAGUCAUCAGGACAUGAACAACAUGGCACGAAUUUUCAUCACCGGCUCCUCAGACGGCAUCGGCCAAGCCGGCGCCAAACUCCUCGCCGACCAAGGCCACAAAGUCUUCCUGCACGCGCGCAACUCGGACCGCGCAAAACAAGCGCACGAGGCCGUGCCGAAAGCAGAAGGCGUGCUCAUCGGCGACCUGACGACCAUCGAAGGGACGAAGAAUCUCGCGGCCGAAGCGAACAAGUCUGGUCCCUUUGAUGCCGUCAUUCACAACGCUGGUCUCGGUCCGUCGAACAAGGACAACAAGACGGCGGACGGCUUCCAAUCGACGUUCGCCGUGAAUUCUCUGGCGCCAUUUGUCCUCACUGCCCUGAUGGACAAGCCAAAACGACUCCUGUAUCUCUCCUCCAGUAUGCACACCAGCGGCUCCGCCGACCUGGAUGAUGUCGAGGGGCGUAAUCGUCCCUUCUCCUCACACCAAGCGUACUGCGAUAGCAAGCUCCACGAUGUACUGCUCGCCAACGCUGUCGCGCGCUACUGGCCCGAUGUGCAGAGUUGCUCCAUGGAUCCGGGCUGGAUCAAGACGAAGAUGGGAGGCGGUGGUGCUCCGGGUGUCGUUGGCACGCCGGGGAAGGCUCUGGCGGAGUUUGCCAUUGGGAAGAGUGGCAUUGUAGGGGAGAAGACGGGGGUGUAUUUCAACCCUCAAGGGGCGCGCAGUCCGCAUCAGAGCUGCGGGAGCGAGAAGAAGCAGGAUGAGUUUAUGGGGAUCUGCGAGCGGCUUUCGGGGGUGAAGUUUCCGAAAGCAUAGCGAGGAUGUCAAGCAUUAGUCCCUCUACUGAGG